AGAUGCUGACAGACAUAUAUUUCCACUAGCUUUUGCAAUAGUCGAUUCAGAAAAUGAUGCGUCAUGGCAAUACUUCAUGGAUAAACUCAAACAAACAUAUGGGGAACGGGAAGAGCAAUGCAUAAUUUCAGAUAGACAUGAAAGUAUCGCCAAAUCAGUGAAAAUGAUAUCUCCCAACUUGAUGCAUGGGGUAUGUUGCUUCCAUCUAUUCCAAAAUAUAAAAUCAAGAUUUAGAAAAGGAGGAGAUGAGCUGAGAGAUGCAUUCUAUUGUGCAGCAAAAGCAUAUAAUCUUGCUGAUUUUGAAGGAUUCAUGAAAGAAAUAGACACCAUAGACAACCGAAUUCGUCCUUAGUUGACAAAUGAAGUUGGCCUCAAUAAAUGGACAAGGGUUUAUAGCACAAACAAGCGUUACUCAACAAUGACCUCAAAUAUAUCAGAAUCCGUGAAUUCAGCCUUGAAAGAAGUAAGAGAGUUACCCAUUGGCACACUACUAGAAUGUCUACGCUGCUUGGUUCAAAGAUGGAGUUGGACAAACAAAAAUAGAGCUCUUGCUACACUCACAACACUAGCAAAAGGACCAGAAAAGGAACUCAAAGACAAAUUAGAUCGCAGUAAAAAAUUGCAGGUUGAAACAUCAAACCAUGCCAUAUAUACAGUCAAUGAGUUAAAAAGUUCGUACAUAGUAGACAUUCAAAAAAAGACAUGCACAUGUCAAGGAUUCCAAUAUGACGAAAUGCCAUGUUCUCAUGCAAUGGCAGUAAUAUCAAAAAGACACUUCAAAUGCUACAAUUUCUGCUCUUAUUUCUCCACAAAACAAGCCUUCCUUGCAACAUACAAAGAAACUGUGUUUCCAAUAGGUGACCGAGACUCAUGGGAGUUACCUGAUCAUAUUAGACAAAUUGAAGUACUGCCACCAAAGCACAAAAGACCAGCAGGAAGGCCAAGAAAACAACGGUAUAAGACCGCAAUGGAGAAAGCAACACAGAAUCAAUGCACACAAUGCUUGAAAAGAGGACACAACCGAAGGACUUGCAAGAAUGAACCAUUGGAACCAUCCGCAAAGAGAAAAAGAUACUAAAUAGACAUUGAAUUCCUACAACUACUAAAUAAACAUGAACAAUACGUUCCAAUUACUAUCUGCAACCAAAUUUCUUCUUUUUUCAUGUAUGUUCUGUUUGAAUAAUUCAACAUCAAAUAAAGAUUUCCACAUGGAAAAUUUGAAGAUACAAUCAUUAAUCUCAUAUAAGAAACAGUUACUAAUGUGUACCUUAAUUAUAAUUAAUCUCAUAAAAAUACAGUCACUCUUCCUAUGCCAUACCCAACUGCUAAUUAUAACUCCUGUAAAAAAAUAAAAACUAAAUAAAUAAUAGAAUCACUUUUUUAUAAAUAAUUCAAUAAUAUCAAUCUUUAAAAAAAAAUAAUGAACAUACAUACAACAAAACAUUAUAAACUUCAACAAAAAUAUCACACUAAAAAUCCAAAAUAUAUAUCCAACAUAAUACUUUGCCAAUAUCCAUUAUAAGGCAAAAAA